GACCACCACCACCACCACCAGCAAAAAUGUCGACAAGAUCAUGCUACCAUUCCCGACAGACCAACGAGACCAAAAUCGAGCUCGCCCUCGCACUAGACGGAGGCAGCCUCUCCUCCCUCCUGCCAGCAGAUUCCGACCUGACAGGCUCCCACGCGACCCAGACCUCCAAUUCCCAAUCCAUAUGCGUGAACUCGGGUAUCGGCUUCCUCGACCACAUGCUGCACGCCUUGGCAAAGCACUCUGGCUGGUCCCUAUCCUUAGAAUGCCUUGGCGACCUGCACAGUGCGCCCCCCCCCCCCCCCCCCCGGGCCCCAUUCUUUCACAUUGCUAAUUUGUAUGUAUAGUUGACGACCACCACACAGCGGAGGACUGCGCGAUAGCCCUCGGCAGCGCAUUCAAGCAGGCCCUCGGCCCAAUCCGCGGGUAUAAACGCUUCGGCACGGGCUUCGCCCCACUGGACGAAGCGCUCUCGCGCGCCGUCGUGGACCUUAGCGGUCGGCCGUUCGCGGUCGUCGAUCUGGGAUUGAAGAGGGAGAAGAUCGGGGAUUUGAGCGCCGAGAUGAUCCCCCAUGUUAUCAUGAGCUUCGCCGGCGCGGCCGGGAUCACCGUGCAUGUGGAUUGUCUCCGCGGGGCUAACGAUCAUCAUAGGGCUGAGAGCGCGUUUAAGGCUCUUGCCAUCGCUGUCAGGGAGGCGACGAGCAGGACGGGUGGGGAUGAGGUGCCUAGUAUGUUUUUUUAUUUUAUUUUAUUUUACCUUCCCCGGAUCGAGAUGGUGGUGGCGCUCGUGGCUGAUCGUUCGACAGGUACGAAGGGGGUGCUAUAGGUAGUCUUGAUGGGGAAAGAGUGAUAUGGUACCGGGGUUUUCGUUGCCUUCUUUCUUCUUAUUUUCCUUGUGCCCUGGAAAGUUACCACAAUUGGGCACUCGGGCGGCCAAUUGUUAUAGACUCCUGUUUUCUGCGCUUAGCCCUCUUCCCUUUCUUCCCUUUCUCCACCCGUGCUACCAUGCAUACCAGCGGAUCACACCCAGGCACUCACAUCUGACACGCCUGCCCUCACGCCGGACCCACUGCGAUAUAUAUCCGGCAACGGCGCCUAUUUCCUCAUGGUUGAAUGUAUACCGGAAGAGCGUGCAAAACUCUAUAAUCAAGAAACCCCCCCCCCCUUCUCCUCUUCCCUACGAACUCAUCGUCUCUCUUAUGAUUAAGGUUCAACCUAGAUUGGAGCAUACUGCCAGGCAACGCACCAGGCACCACCCGCUCGGCGUUACACAUGGGAGCCACAGAAAUAGGAGGGAAGUGCUAGAGACCCAGUAAUUUUCCUCACGCGAUGGCCCCAAUUUCAAUCUCAGCAGCAUAUGUCCAAAACUGUAGUAAAUUGACACUUGAAACUUUUCUCCUCCUCUUUACUCCUCUCAAUCACUUAUUCCCCCCCCAUAACAAACACGGGACUAAAUCUCCCCAAAGAAAAAGAAAGAAAAGAAAAAAAAGAGAAAAAAUGGAAAAGCCUACGAGUCCUGGACAUGUCAUUGAGAAGGGGGGGGAGGAAAGAAGGGAAAUAAUAAUAAUACACUUUUGGAGAGAGGGGGGGG